AAUACUCGUGGAUUGUGGCAAAAGAAUGUUGUGUUGUGUUUGUUGCGGCCGAAAAGCUAAUUACUAGUGUUUCCCGCUCAUUAACUUGGUCAAAUAAACAACACCAAAAUGCAGAGGGAAGAAAAGCAACUCGAAAUGCUGCUGGAUGCGGUGCUGAACAGGGUAAAUGAUUUGAUACACGCAAUAGGAGCGAUGAUUCACCGAGUGGAAACCGAAUACGAAACCCUGAAUUGGCCCACCUUUCUCGAUAACUACGCUCUAAUAUCUGGCCACGUUACUGGACUGAUGAAAAUACUGAGCUCGGAGAUUGGUACACCGCUGCGCAAUCUUACCGUACUACCACUGAUACUCAGUCAGGAGCGCGAUGAAGCAUUACUACAGCUUACCGAUGGCCGAGUGCCGAUGUUUUCGCACGAUCUGGCACCGGAUUAUUUGCGCACCAAGCCAGAUCCCGGCGCCGAAAGCCGACAAGCGGCGCACGAAGCGAAAGCAAACAACCUGACCCUGGAAGCCGGCAUCAAACAGGUUGCCCAGUACAAUAAGGUGAUUUCGCACGUUUGGGACAUACUGAGCAAGGCCAAGGAAGACUGGGAAAACGAAUCGUCUACGAGGCCCGGCAUACAGCAGACGAGCUCGAUGGCAGACACGCAGGCAUUGGUAGCUGCCGUGGGUCUGGGAAAUGGACUGACCGCUCCGUCCGUACCGAAUGCGGGUGUAAUGAUUCCUCCGGCCAUCCGCCAAGGCUCUCCCAUGGGUACGGUCCCAACGCCAGGAGCUGCCCCGAUGGGUAAAGUACCCUCCGGCAUCAAGACUAAUAUCAAGUCCGCCAAUCAAGUGCAUCCGUACCGAUAAAACGAUUGUAGUUGAUAAUUGAAGGAAUAAAACUA